AUGAAUAUAUUUAACAUACAUUCAGAGAAUUUAAACAUAAAAAAAAUUAUUUCUAUUGAUUAUUUUCCAGAUUCAAAUGCAGAUGAAUGUUAUAUAUGUUCAUAUCCAUUUACAAUGAUAUGUUAUGAACGUAUUACAAAUAAUUUUUCAGGUGAAUUAUUUAAAUCUGUUUGUGAAGUUGAAUUAUUUGAUGAACGUUCUUUUGAACAUGAAUUUUUUCUUCGAAUUGCUCAAUCAUUUCCAUUUAUGAAAAAACUAACUUUAAUUAAUAGUAAACCACAAAAUGAGAAACAAUGUAGAAAAUUAAAACAUAACAAUGAUGAUUUAUUAAUUAUUGAAUAUCCUCAUCUUGGGUUAGCAAAAAAAACAGCAGCGGCAAUAGUUAGAGAAGGACCACCACCGACUGUUAACAAUGGACCGUCUAUCCAACCUGCCCUUCCUCAAUUGCCACGCUAUAGACCACCACCACCACCACCAAGUCCUCCACGACGAACGUACGACGAUGAAAUGGAGUGUCGUAUGUUUUUUCCAACAUCGGGUCAUAUGGGAUUCGAUACGGUUAAAUCGUCGCAGGAAUUGCCUCCAAUAGAAAUAAUUCGCGAAAUGAUACUUUAUGAGACACGUCUUCGUUUGUCUGCUUCAAUUCAAAAAAUCAUGGAUGAAUAUCAUACUGAUGGGUGUGCUGUGACUUAUGUUCAUAAUCUUAUUCAACAACAUGUAGUGGAACAUUUCGGAUAUCGAGAUCUGAAUGCACUACGUACUGCUCUAUUUCGUUUUCCAGAUGAUCCUAUUGUUCAAGCAGCUUUUUACGGUAAAUCUUUGGAAAAGAAUUCUUCGUAA